AUGGAGAACAAGGAAAACAGGACGGCGGGAGAAAGUACAGGAAAGACGUCGCAGAAGUCCGAUGGGCAGGAGCAAGAGCAAGAGCAAGAGCAAGAGGAGCAGGAGCAGGAGCAGGAGCAGGGGGAGUAUGAGUAUGAGUAUGAGAAUGACAAUGACAAUGAGAAUGAGUAUGAAAACGAGUAUGUGAACCAGCCAUCGAGCAACCGCCAACACGAUUCGGUGCUAGCCGGCUCGUCUGACUCUCUGUCCCCGGUCAAAUCGACGAAGUUGGGCAUCACGUCGUCAGCGGCAGCUGCUGCCACUGCUGCGGAUACCGCCGACGACGCAACCGGCGUGGGCUCGCAGCCCUCUUUCAAACAGCUUAUCGCACGGUUCCACCACAUCGUCAAGGAUAACAAUCGUGAGGCGUCGCCGGACUACGACGCAAGAGGCCCAACCCAGGACCAGGACUACGAAGAGAGUGAGGCAGAGGGCGAGGAGGAACCGAGCACGGAACUCCUCGUGUUUAACAACGGCCUCUCCACUCUUAAGAACAAAUACCAAUCUACCAUUAACACGUUGCAGGUCAAGGUGCACGAAAACACGGCCACCAUCAAUAGCCUCAACAACCAGAUCGGCGACUACCGAAGCAAGAUCGAAAACCUCCACCUCACGGUCCAGCAGUCACAGCUGGACGCCCAGGCACUUGCAGACAAGAAUGACAUCAUGCAAGACGAGCUCACUAUCUUGCAGAGCAAGAUCGCAAAGCUCGACAAGCAGCUCGUGCUGGAGAAGACGAAGAAGUCGAAGCUUUCUGCGCAAAUCACCCAGCUCUCCGAGCUCCUCGAAACCGUUUUCAAGGGCUACGAGUCAAUGCAUGCAACCGUCUCCGACCUUCGGCAGGAAAAUACAGACCUCCACCAGUCCGUCUCCCAGUACGAGACACGCAUAGCUGCCUUUGACGAUACCCUCAAGUCGGAGCUCGAGUCCUUGGCGCAGGAGCUCUACAUCCAGUACGCAGAGAAACACGAGGCCAAGAUUGCCAAGCUUCGGGCCGCCUACGAAAGCAAGUACGCUAAGAAGCAGGCCACCUUCAGAGAUAGAUUCCAGUUGCUGCAAGACCAGCAGGAGACCCUGAAACAGGAGCUGACCCACGUCAAGAACAGACUGCAGGUCGAGACCAGCGAAAAACGACAGCUUGUAAAGCUAUGGGACGAGUACGUCGCCCUGGACAAGAAGGAUGUUGACGAGAUGUCGAACUUCGUCAAGCGCCUCAAGUAA